AUGUAUUAUCACGGUCAAAAUAUAGUGUCACGAUUAUCUUCUACACCUAAACUCUGUAAAUUUGAAAAUUGCGAUGAAGAAACUUUUACAAGCGAUUCUCCAAAUGACCCAUUUCCUUCGUCCUUUUUUGCAGAUCAACAACCAUCAUCCUCAUCGUUAUCUGUACAUGGCCACGACUUUAGAAACAACACUGAUAGUCAAUUUCUUCCUUCGUUGCCAUCAGUUCCACAACUUUCAAACCAGCACGUUGAAGAUUUCUCAAGAUUUGCUGAUUCAUCGGUCGAGAUUUCAUAUGAAGAUUUCAAUAUAAACAGUGACGAAUAUUCUGUGUUCAAAUUACAGGACUAUUGUUGGAAAGAUCAUGGCGCACUAAUGGUAAAUAAUUUUUUGCCAGGUCUAGGUGAUUUGCUGGAUGAUGAAUUCCAAGAAGCCAAAGAACUUAACGACUAUUAUAGCCUAUUCCAAUCAUAUACACAACAAAAUAAUGAUUUGGAUGUGGCUCCAUUACGACAAGCAAUCUGGUAUUACGUGCAACGAUUAUAUGGGUUAUCAAAAGAUGAUUAUGAUUAUAGUGACAUAAGAAAUUUGUUGAAUUCCAAAUUUAAAAUGUUCCUUAAAAAAGUUUGUUGUACACCAGAAAACUUAACUAUCAACGAUUGGAGAAAUGUCGGGUUUCAAUUGCGAUCUGAAGAAAAAUGCCAUGUCAAUUUGAUUGCCAUUGAGUCAAGGAAACAAUCUGAGCUUAUUUAUGGAUUAUGGUGUGUGAUGAAGUGUCAAAAUGGUAAAUAUGAUUUACAGGAUGAUGAUCAAAAAUAA